ACACUGAAACCGGAAUCCUCCCUCUUUGUGGGUGCCUCUGUUCGUCUGAUCUGCAACCUUCCGAAGGAGGAGAGAGUGAUGGUCUGCAUUAACGAUGCCCUCACUGACGAUGAGCUCUGAGCGGUGCUCGCGCGGCUGGAGGAGGAGGAGGAGCGGACCUUUUCGGGCUCGUCUGCAAGCGCUGGCUCCGUUUGCAGAGCUCUGAAAGUCGCCGACUCAGGGCCCGGGCUGGCCCUGUCAUGCUCCGCCGAAUGGCCGACCGGUUCACGGGCCUCCUGGAGCUCGACCUCUCUCAAUCCGCCUGGAGGUCGUUCUACCCUGGAUUCCGGAAUUUUCGUGUGAUUGAUCUCCAGAACUGUAAAGGUGUCACUGAUGUUGGGAUAACUACUCUGGGAAAUGGCCUCUGAUCCAUCCUGUCCCUUGAUGUUUCCCAGUGCAGAAAGGUUACAGAUAAAGCUAUUGCUUUGGGUUUUUCGGAUUUGAAAAGGUUGUACAUGACAGGAUCCAGAUCUGUUACAGAUGAAUUAUUAAAAGCUCUGUCUAAGAGCCGUGAUACGUCGAAGAUAUAGGGUUGGGUCGAUAUAUUAAGGUUUUAGAUGUGAGUAAAUUGGCGAUGUUGGAGUUUCAAGAGUUGCUGAGGUUGCAUCAUCGUUGUUGAAAAUUCUGAAGCUGUUGGACUGUUUCAGGGUUGGCCAUGAAUCCAUAUUUUUCCAGGGUUCACUUCUGCCAUUAUCUUGAGACUCUCAUAAUUGAUGGAUGCCGUGAUGUUUCGGAAGAAUCCAUAAAAUCCCUGUCACCUGCUUGUUGCCACAGCUUCAGGAGUUCAAGGAUGGACUGCGUUUCCUUGAUAUGUGUGCUGUCAACUUGUAGACAUCUUGACAUGGGUUGGCUGUGACACAGUGACAGAUUCGGCUUUACGGUCACAGGCAAUGGGUGUUUUUGAGUCCCAACUGACAGUUUUAAAGAUGAGCAACUGCAUGAAGAUCACAAUUUCCGGUGUAGGCUCGAUAUUGAAAUCUUGCAAAUUUCUGGAUUACCAUGAGCUGCGAUCAUGCCCGCAUAUCACAAGGUUGGGUUGCCAGGAAGCUGGAUUGCUGUAAAACAAACUAUGAUGGUUGCCUAGGUGAAGGUACUGAAGCGAAGGUUGAUGUCUUGUUUUAAGACCUAGACGAAGACGAUGGAACUCUGAUUCCCCGGAGGUGCUUGCCUGCGAGGUCAUGUGGCACCAUCAACUGCCAAUUAUUUGCAACCAUGAGAAAGCAAGAAGUGCAGGUUCUAUCAAAAUCUCCAAUAAUUAUUAUCUCUUGGGUAUGUCAAUAUUUGGAAGCUAGAACUUGUACCUAUCUCGAUUCAGCUCAAUGUUCACAAGGAUUUCCUUUACAAACUGGAACUUGUAGAUGUAUUGUCGCUGCAAAUAUGGACAGGUGGGUGGGCCGACACCAGCUAACGUGAUCCUCUCGUGAGGAUGAAAGGCAACGGAAGCCCGUGAUAGGUAACCUGCUGGGCCGGGACCACCGGACCCGUGGACCUGGAGAACUUACCGAUCACGCCUCCUUUUCGUACGUGUCGAUAGGUGGACGGCCGGAUGUCUGCUUCAACGCCCUUUUGAGGGCCAACAUCUGAUGGCGUAGUUCGGUCGCGCCCGCUGCCCGGGGGAACGAGCCUCGACCAGCCACGUGAGAAGCACGAGGUGGCGGACCUCUCACUCCAUCCGUCGGGCCACGCGUACGGUGGAGGAUUCACCGGAGGCGGUCCCGGCUCGGAUGGGGUCGCUCCUUCUCCGAGUGCCGACAUUCCCCGCGACUGCGGUCACGAACAGGGGAUAUCUUGCGCCUGUCACCGGGUAGAGGGACGUGACGUCGGGGCGGUGAGCUGGGUCGUAACAUAUGUCGAUGUCACCACCGUGGGGGGGUCCCUUUUAUAAGAUUAGCACGUAGGGCCAUCGCCCUCUUAGUUUUCGAAGAUGAUGAGAAGACACGUCUUCUCAUGCGCAUUAAAAUGGGCGUAAGGUUGUAUCCACGGGCAUCAUUGUGGAGUAAUUGCAUCAGACACGCAGUACAUACACCACUGGAGACUUGUGCUGUUUUGACAUCACAGAACAGGUCACCCACAUUAUAGCGUGAUCUUUCUGCUGUAUCAUGGCAUCAGCUGGACCACACAAAAAAUGGAUUUCCAAGAAUAAUAGCAAUUGAAGAACUUGCAGAUGUCGUCAUGCCGUGUUCUUGGUGGUAGGAUCUGGUCACAAAUCGACAGAAGAAGUAUUCGAUAACUGUCGUCAUGGUAAUUUGUGACGGGAAGAUUGGGCGCACAGUGGUAGACUUCUUUGGAUCUCAGUCACCAACAGCAACAGCACAGGAGAGUCGUCCAGCCAAAUACUACCUUUAUAUAGGCCACUCGGGCGCCGACCUUUUGGACUGUCUUAACUUUUCUCCCUCGUCGCUCUGUUCUCUUCGCUACUCCGUCCAUCCUUGAAACUGGGAUCGAAAACGAGAUCCGAUUCACAUGUUGUUUUUUUUUUAUCUGUCUUGGAUGUUUCUGUGAACACGAUUGGGAAUCUUCUGCUUGGGAUCAGAUGAACAGCUUCAAAAAAAGAAAAAAAAAAUAGAUAAGUGUAAAGUUAUCAUCUUUUCUGGCUCAGCUUGUUCCUUGUUUUGUCUUGUUUCCCUGGUUUUCCAAUACAAAUCUGUGACUUAGAUUUCAGGUGGGAAACUUCUCCAAACAUGUUUUAGCUUUGGAGAAAAAAGUGUGCUUAUCUUGUCAUAUGGUUGGCUGGAAAGAUAAAAGAGAUGGACGGUGCUGCCUUGCCACUUUGUCAGCAGUGCUCGUGAUCUUUUGGACCACUUUCUGGAGAGAUUACAUGUGAACGAGCCCCAUGAAUCACCUACCUGUUGGUUGCAUUCAAUCUGCCCACUCUUUUAUCAGCUAAUCUAACUAGAUUUGUGGAAAUGGGUUGUCUGCUAUCGACUCCCGGGGAAGCCAGUCCAUUGAGAAGGGCUGCAAGUAUUGGGGAGGUGGCCGUGUUUGUGCCCGGAUUCCGCAUCCCUGAAAGCGUAGAUUUAUCUCAGCCACUGGGUGAUUGUUUGUCGAGAGGCCUUCUCGAUCGCCUCUCGAGUCUAAGAACUCGUAUGGUCACCAUGGCUGCUCAAGAAGCACGACGGUUCACAAAGCCAAGGAGAAUAACAACUACAAGACAUGGUUCUGCCUUGAGCGAACUUUUGCGUGCUCUUGAGGAUUACCUGCCUGUUCUUCUGGGACUAGUGAAGGAUGGUUGCCAAUUGAGAGACAAGGUGCCGUUUGUGUGGAUUAACCAGGAAGAUGAUGCAGAGGAAACUGCCAUGACAAAUGCUUGGUAUGAGGUGUUGUCUGUGCUACAUUUGAUGGCUAUGCUAUCUUUGUUGCAAGCCAAUAGGUUGCUUCUUCCCAAGAUAUCCAGCGAGGGUUAUCAGCUAAAGAUAUCUGAAGAGAACAGAAGAAAAUCGAUUGAUAUUUUGCUGAAGGCAGCAGGGUAUUUGGAUUGUGCCAUUCGACAUGUGCUCCCUCAAAUAACUCCAGAACACAGGAAGGACCUUCCACUGGACCUGGAAGAAGGAGUUCUUCGAGCUCUAUGUUUGCAAGCUCUGGGACAGUGUGUUGAUAUCCAGCUUGGGAUGGCAAUAGAUAGUCCCAAGGCAACGCUUGCUGUGAAAAGGCGAUUAGCGUGUGAAAUGGUCAAUUACUGGCAUCAGGCUCAGAACAACAUGGCAAAGCUUCCUUCUACAGAUGGCUGGGCUAAAAAGCAUCAACUCUUUAUUAAGUGGAAAUAUGCUGAAGCAAAGGCUGCUGCAUACUAUUACCAUGGACUGAUACUUGAUGAGGGCAACACAGAGAAAUCCCAUGGAGUGGCAAUAGCUGCUUUGCAAGCAUCAGAAGAGUAUCUGAAGGAAAGCAAGAAAGCUUGUGAAACUUUCAAUUCAACACCUCCUACAUCAAGGAAUCCCCCUCUUUGGGGAUCUAUGAAAUAUCUGUCUGAGAAGAUUCCUAAAGAUGCAUCAAGUAAGAUACGAAUCAAUCAAGAUCUUUACAGUGAAGAAAGGACAUUCAAGACAGCACCAAGUUUGCCAGAUUUUGCUUUAGCACUAAAGCCUGAUGACUACCAACUCCCUCCGUUGGAUCCCUUAUGGAACAAGGAGGAUCACCACUACUAGAAACUAGCAAAGGGAGAAAGCAUGGAAAAUAUGUCAGCAACAUGUUCUUCAGCAACAAUCAUGCUAUAGACUAUUGGAUGGAAGCCAGUUACAUGUGUACAUUAUUUGUUGAUGUAAGAUGGUGUCCAUUUGAAGGAUGUUGAUAGUUCUUUGCCAAUGAGGAAAUCAAAUAUUCUUUUCUUUUGACUA